UUUUCUUUCUGACCUCUAUUUUCAUUAGUUUUCGGGGUUUCUGCUGCUGGAGUAAAGCUGCUCUUGGGUAGAACUUGAGAGUAUUGGAGAUGGGUUUUAGAGAAUUUUUUACUGUUUUGGUUUUGUUGGGAGACGUUAGGUGAUGCAGAUUGUGGGGGAAGGAAAAGGGGGUUUCUGUUUGAUUAUUCCUUUAUUCUACUCUCUUUGAAGCAGAUUGGAGAUGGGUUUCGUCAGUACUACAUUUGAGUUUUUCGGUUUUGGUGUGGGAAUUACCUUUGGACUUGUAAUUGGCUAUUUUUUCUUCGUCUACUUCCAACCAAGUGAUUUCAAGUAUCCUGCAAUUCGUCCAUUGGUAGAGCAAGACUCAGAAACCUUGCAGCGAUUGCUUUCUGAGAUACCUCUCUGGGUGAAAAAUCCAGAUUAUGAUCGUGUUGACUGGCUAAAUAAGUUCAUAGAACAUAUAUGGCCUUAUUUGGAGAAGGCAAUCUGCAAGACUGUAAAGAAUAUUGCCAAGCCCAUCAUUGCUGAGGAAAUUCCAAAAUACAAAAUCAAGUCAGUUGAAAUUCAAACACUUACAUUAGGCUCCUUACCACCAACUUUUCAAGGCAUGAAGGUCUACGAUACUGAUGAGAAAGAAUUAAUUAUGGAACCAUCCCUAAAGUGGGCAGGCAAUCCUAAUGUCAGUGUUGCUGUUAAAUCAUUUGGAUUGAAAGCAACUGUUCAGGUGGUGGAUUUACAAAUCUUUGCCUUACCACGUAUCACCCUGAAGCCAUUGGUUCCAAGCUUUCCUUGUUUUGCCAAAAUUUUUGUCUCUCUCAUGGAGAAGCCACAUGUUGAUUUUGGACUGAAGUUAGUGGGGGCAGAUCUUAUGUCAAUUCCUGGCUUGUACAGAUUUGUCCAGGAGCGAAUCAAGGAUCAGGUUGCGAAUAUAUAUCUAUGGCCAAAAACCCUAGAAGUACCAAUUUUGGAUCCCACAAAAGCUCUGAAGAGGCCUGUUGGAAUUCUCCAUGUGAAGGUUCUGCGGGCUAUGAAUCUGAAAAAGAAAGACCUUCUUGGAGCAUCAGAUCCAUAUGUCAAACUGAAGCUCUCUGACACUAAGCUUCCAUCAAAGAAGACAACAGUGAAGCAUAAAAACUUGAACCCUGAAUGGAACGAGGAAUUUAAUUUGGUUGUUAAAGACCCAGAAUCUCAAGUUUUAGAAUUGCAUGUUUAUGAUUGGGAGCAGGUUGGCAAACAUGAUAAGAUGGGUAUGAAUGUUAUUCCUAUAAAGGAUCUUACUCCUGAUGAGCCGAAAGUUUUGACUCUUGAUCUUCUUAAAAACAUGGACCCUGAUGAUGUCCAAAACGAGAAGUCACGAGGGGAGCUUGUUGUUGAAGUUACAUAUAAGCCUUUUAAAGAGGAGGAUAUGCCCAAAGAUUUUGAAGAGUCCAACGCAAUACAGAAAGCCCCUGAAGGAACACCUGCUGGUGGAGGUGUGCUUGUGGUUAUUGUCCAUGAGGCUGAAGAUCUUGAAGGAAAGUACCACACAAAUCCUUAUGUAAAGAUCCUUUUGAAGGGAGAGGAAAAGAAAACUAAGCGUGUGAAGAAAUGCAGAGAUCCGAAAUGGGAAGAAGAGUUCACGUUUACACUCGAGGAACCACCAAUUAAUGAUAAAUUACAUCUGGAAGUAAUCAGCACCUCAUCAAGAAAAUUACUUCAUCCUAAGGAAACUCUUGGCUAUGUGGACAUUGGCCUUGCAGAUGUUGUCAGCAACAAACGGAUCAAUGGGAAAUAUCACCUCAUUGAUUCAAGGAAUGGAAAAAUCCACAUUGAACUGCAAUGGAGAACAUCCUAAGGUUACUACUUACUCUCUCUGACCCAGACAUUGGUGAGUUUGGCCCUGUGUAGAAAUGGAAGAAACGUUUCAUUACUU